AUGCAGCAAACCCAGGAGAAGGAGCAAGUGUCCCCCCUUGCCGAGAUACAUAAGGACGAAGGCACGACUAGUUCUCAGAUCACCUGGAUAGGUCCUCUCAUUGGCCUUCAUUUCUCCGGGCUGAAGCAGCCGCCGGUCACCCUGGUCUGGGGUGUCCCGAAAUUUUCAUCCGAAGCAGAAUCAUGGGCUCGAUCGCGGGCGGGGCAGCCCAUGUCAUUUGCAAUGGCAUAUGAGCGGGAAUCCCUCGCCCAGCAUUCUUCCCACCAAGACGCGGAGAUAAUGCAGAUGAGAGUGCACAUGUUAACCCCAUUAGAGCUCCCAGACCUCCAGUUGGUUGAUUCAUUUCUCCAGGUAUAUACUGAAUCUGGAUUGCGACGGCGGUAUCCCGUCAUUGAUCCCGCCCUGUUUCGGGAGACGGUUGAUUUGGCGUAUAAGAAAGUCUCAGGCUCACCACUUGCAGGCAAUGCUAGCAGAGCAGCAUGUAUUUAUGCAUUCCUGGCUAUGAAAUCACUCAUCUGCGAGGACGAAGAUCAAACAUAUGCCCUAAUAGACGUGGAGCUAUGUACUCUGAAGGCCCGUUGCCUGAUGGCAGAAGCCCUGAACGAAGAAGCGUCGCUGGAGACCCUACAAGCAGCCACAAUGCUAGUUAGUAUGUCCCUAUCAUUCAUUCCCGAAGUAAGCUUAUCCGCGAUUGUUCAACAGGCACUGCACGGGAUUAUUUUUGGGAGCUUACAAACAGCCUCAUUAUUCAAUACCGUUGCUGUCCGCCUCCUAUUCAUGUUAGGAGGGCACACUUUGGCACCGGCUGCAAAUUUGCCCUGGUGCUUUGAGUCAUCCGCGAUUAUUUCUCAGCAACUUCGGAAUCUCUUCUGGCUUUGUUACGUGAUCGACAAAGACGUAUCCUUCCGAGCGGGUCAGCCACCUUGCAUCAAUGACGCUGAUUGUGAUCUCACGUUACCGCCCCACUAUUUUGAAAGUCUUUACUCUGCAUACAUCCCAGAGGAUUUAUUGGGCCACUUUACACCUACUUUUCCCUUUGAUGUCCGGUUAAGUAUCGUCAAGUCACGAAUCUAUACAGCGCUGUACGCACUAUCUACGGUUCAGAAGUCCCGAUUGGAUGUUGAGCAGACCAUUCGCUCUAUCGAGCACACCUUGGCUGAGUUUCCUUCUACUGCUGGCUCCAAUGCCAUACGUUCACCGUUGGAAAUCUCAGUAGAGGCCAGCCGGUUGAUGCUGCUGCAAUAUGGCAUUCAAUCCUGUCCAGAACUUCCGGAAAUUUCCUGGAUUGUGACAUUCCAUAUACUACUAGCAGCCAUGGUCAUCUUUUGGAAUAUUUUGCAGAAUCCAUCCGCUGGUCACGCGUGGCAAGACCUUCAACUACUUAGGGGAGCCAGUCGGAAACUUGAGAAUCUCUAUCCAGCAUUGAGACUACCCUUUGAAAGGAUCUAUCAUACAUAUUUCAUAUCACAGUAUGCCAGAGAGUUUCACCGACUUGCUAAACACGCCAUCUUGGGCACCCAUGAUCCAGAUGUCAGUCUAGAAGAGCCAGUGGACAAUGAGUGA